AGCAGCAGCAGUCUCUUGAGGUUUAGUGUGACACACUAAAACAGCACAGUGACUGAACUGUGCUUUGCUUGCUCAGUAAUGUCUGGAGAGGUGACUUAUGCUACUGUCAAAUUUUCAAAAUCUUCUGAGACAGAACUUGUGGAGAGCUCUGAUUACAAGCCAACAGAUGAUCAUGAAGUGCCAGCUAUGGAGCUGUCUGAGGAAGCAGAAAAUAGAAGGAAGAGAGUUGAGAGCACAGUUGAAAUGGUAAAGAGCAGAGCUGUGAAAGGACAUAGAAACCUAUGGAAAAUAUGGUGCCCGUUUGCUUUCAUUUCCCUGCUGAUGAAUGUGGUGGUACUGGCUGGCUUGGGAACCUUGUUCUUUUGGAACUUUCAUAAAAGCAUCAUGUGCAACACAACAGAAGUUGAAAGUCAAAGAAACCUGAAAGACAUGAUAGAUAAUCUAACAUUUCUCAAAAAUACGAUGGGUGAUUUUGUCUCUGAAUAUAUCCUGUUGAAAAAUAAGACAUGUUGUGCAAUAGCCACUUUCACCAACUGUACCCAUGAAUGCUAUGAUAAAACCCAAGGAAGCAUUCUGAAACAUUUGGAGAAAAAUCUAACAUCACUCAGAACUAUUUUGGAGAAUAUCUUCUGUCACUGUACCCAAUGGAAAAAUAUGACAUCUUACACAGUAAGCAACUGCACCAAAAAUGCUGUGAAAUUUAACAGUUGUCCAACAACAGAUGAGUGGCUGAGCAAGUUGUGGUAUAUAUACACAAUGGAAUACUACUAAGCUGUAAAAAAUGGUGACCUCACCGUUUUCAGCCAAUCUUGGAUGGACCUUGAAAAAUUCAUGUCAAGUGAAAUAAGUCAGAAACAGAAGGAUGAAUAUGGUAUAAUCUCACUCUCAGGCAGAAGUUGAAAAACAAGAUCAGAAAAAAAAACACAAGUAAAACCUGAAAUGGAUUUGACAUAUCGCACCAAAGCAAAAGACUCUGCAGUGGGUGGGUGGGGAGAGUACAGGUCCAUGAAGGAUGAUAGAGGACCUAGUCGGGGUUGUAUUGUUAUAUGGGAAACUGGGUAAUGUUAUGCAUGUGAAAACUAUUGUAUUUACUAUUGAAUGUAAGACAUUAAUUCCCCAAUAAAGAAAUUAAAAAAAAAAGAAAGUUAACAGUGUUUUGCAUAAUUCUAAGAAUUCAGGGAUAUAGUUCCACACCCAUACCUGGUAUGUAAGUCAUCAUGGCCUCCACCAAAUCUCU